AUGGCCACUCUCCCUUCUGACCGUCGUCCUCUCAUCAUCUCCGGCCCCUCGGGCGUGGGAAAGGGGACGCUGUAUCAGCUCCUCUUCAAGCGGCAUCCGGACUGCUUCACGCUGUCGGUGUCCCACACGACUCGGUCCCCGCGGCCGGGGGAGUCGGACGGCGUGGACUACCACUUCGUGACCAUGGACGAGUUCGAGUCGCUGAUCGACAAGGAAGGCUUCGUGGAGCACGCCAAGUUCGGCGGGAACCGGUACGGGACCAGCAAGGCCACCAUCCAGGAGCAGACCGCCAAGGGACGCAUCGUGGUGCUGGACAUUGAGAUGGAGGGCGUCAAGCAGAUCAAGCAGUCCAAACUGGACGCGCGGUACGUCUUCAUCGCCCCGCCCUCACUCCACGUGCUCGAGGCCAGGCUCAGGGGCCGCGGGACCGAGACGGAGGGUGCCGUCCUGAAGAGGCUCGCCCAGGCAAAGAAUGAGCUCGAGUACGCCAAGACCCCCGGGGUCCAUGACAUCAUCAUCGUCAAUGACGACCUCGAGGAGGCGUACAAGAAGCUCGAGGAGUUCAUCUACAAGUCCUAG